AUGUCUUCAACAUUUCUCGCCACGCGACAAAACGAUGGGAGCGUCACAACCACUCUCGACGACGACAGAGACGACGUCCCCUUCUGGUGGACUAGGACGGGUAUUAUUGUAAAGUGGUCCAUCUUCCUCGCCAUCGUCGUCGUCUUUAUGCUGUGGCUCGUCCUAGGUUACAUGCAUGCGAAGCGCCGGAUGAGGAAGGGUUUGAAGCCGCUGGGCUACCACAGGUGUCUGGUCUCCCGCGCCGAGUUGGCCCGCGUGGAUCCGGCUUAUGCAUAUCCACAAGCUGUCUAUACAAACUACGCUCAGCCUCCGCCUGGCGCCGGGUAUUAUGGCAUGCAGCCGAUGCCUCCGCCCGUCUACGAUCCUAACCGGCCUCCUCAGUACCCCGGUGGACCUGCGCCGCCGCCACCCCAGGGCGGCAGCAAGAUCGACCCCGAGCAAGCUGGAGGCGACUUUGCACCUCCGCCAGGCCCGCCGCCUCCGGCCACCCAGCAGCCUCAAAGGACCGGUGGAAGCAACAACCCCUUUGCAGACCCGCCGCGGCUGUGA